CCUGAAACCCGAUCGUCCAAUGUGUAUAUGGUCCAGAGCAGCACCCAGCCAAGUCCCCUUCCCGAGUCCCGCUCGUGGUGGCUGCACAACCACUCCGCCCAAGCCUUAACCCGUAACUUUAAAUCGGCAGUCGGCGAUGCUGGAAGUACAUGAUCUAGACUUUUCUGCAAGCUCAUGCAUCUCGGUAUAGUUAGAUGAGUGCAUCUAUCUUGACGAGAGCCACUUCAUCGCCACUCGCUCAGACCGCACAGAUUCUGAUGUACCUCUUGUGUCAUGUUACCUGGCAGUCCGCUACUGGGGAAACAUAUAUCUUGCUCACAACACGACGCCUCGUUCCUCCACGGGGAUACUUCAAUCUUCAUCCGAACAAGUAUGUACUAUGGUGGGUGCUGUGGUGGUCGGUCUGGGCUGAAACAUCCGCGCCAACGGGUGGUAUGUGGGCAAAAUGACGAUUGCCCUUUUUUAUUCUCUUCCUCGCGCUGGGGAUUCGUGU